ACUAGCACAGCCGAAGUGUUUUAUUUCUUUUGCUCCAAAAAAGAAAGAAAAUUAUUGCACAUAGUCUUAUAAACAUCGUUAAAAUAAAAUAUUUAAAUCUAAAGGUAUUGUGGAAAGUUGAAAAAAUGAAAGUCGAAUGUGAAAUGCCGAGCAAACAAACCGUGCAACAGACUACUGCAGUGUCUGCCAUCAGACCAGGAGGCGGUGGUGGUGUCGUAUGGUCACGCGAAAAAGUAAAUCAACUGAUCGAUUUGUACAAAAAGAAUGAAUGCCUUUGGAAUCACUGGCACGAGUCCUAUAAGAGCAAGGAUAAACGUAAUCGGGCCAUUGAAGACAUUUGUUCGACUUUGAACAUUAGUAAAUUUGAUUUUGGCAAGAAGAUUCAUAAUCUACGCAAUCAAUUUAAUACGGAAAUGAAGAAACUGGAACAACGCAUGGAAGAGGCUGGAGCUGAGGGUAGAGAUGCAAGUAUUGGCUGCAAAUGGAGUCAUUUCGAGGCGUUAAUGUUUUUGCGUAAUGUAAUUGAACCACGGCCAGGUGGCUAUCAGAGCAGCUGUAACUAUCAGACACCAAAGAAAAUGCGUUUACGAUUUGACUACAACAGUGCCGAAGAGGAUGUACAUGUUACAGUAAUACCGCAAAAUAAUAGUAGUAGCUCCACAACUUCCAAUCAAUAUAGCAAUGAUGAUACGUCCCAGUCCCAGUUACAGUAUGAAGACAAUCAUGGAGAGACAUCAACUGAAGAUUUUCAAAAUUUUGAAAACGAGUUGAACGAAGUUGGAACCAAUGGUGAGGGUGGUGCUGCUGUUCAAUCGACACUUGUGUCUGAAGAGACAAUAGAUCAAAAAUAUUUGCCCACCUUACAACAGCAGCAACAGAUGCAAAGGCAACAUUUUAUCUCAACACCCCGCACAUAUUUACAACAAAAGCCAAAACAACAACAUGCUGCCCCCAGUCAUAAUUAUUCCACAUUAACAACAAAUAACUCUGCAAAUGAAACUAAUCAUGCCGGCAAUGUUAUACAUCUCAAUCAUGAAAAUGCUGCUUCCAUAAUUGAAUUGAAUUCCAGUAAUAUAUCAUCUGCAGUGCUCCACAGCAACAGCAACAACAAUGUGACAACUUCCUCUCCAUCAGCAACAAUGGUUAACAAUAAUCCAGUUAUUGCGUCUUCUUCCAAUACAAAUCAUACAACCGUAACCACAUCCACACCAGUUGCCCGUGAUCAAUGGGAUGCUUUUGGAGAAUUGGUUGCAACGGAGUUUCGUAAUUUGAAUUCAGAUUUAUCUCGUAAAAAACUUAAACGUAAAAUUAUGCAAGCAAUGUUGGAGAUUGGUGAAGAAGAUGACGGUCUAUAGUUUAUUGGUAUUUAAGGUUUAACAAAAGGCAUUUGUUUAUAAAGUUACGUAGUUUUAAAAUAAACAAAAA